AGUAAUUCUUCAUCCCCAACGUGCCAAUAAUAUAUAAGUUCUUAUAUAUUGCAAGUUAUAUAUUUAUUCUCAAGGGUUUUAACGCUAGUAAUACCGGUGUUGACUUCUACAACACUGGCCGCUGCUGUCUGCACCCCUCUUCAGCUUAGAUACCCGAUAUAGACUAAACACAAACCUAUGCUGGCCUAGGCUGAUCAGCUCGCUCGACCCUGUAAAAACAAUUUUCUGCACAGAGUGUAAGUAAAUCAGCUCGCUUGCAAUUCCGCUUCUUAGGUCUUCUGUCGACGUGCAUCAAAACUAAUCGAUAACAGGAGCGAGACGCCAUGCAACUAUUAAUGGCACGGCACCCUCAAAUUCGCUCUGCGCAGAAACUACUUCUCCGCCCGCCUGAUCUUCUUACCAUGUGUCCUGCGGCCCGGAGGCCUCUCUUGUCCUGAAUCUUCGCCCUGAUAGCUGCACAAGGUUAGACCAUGGCAGAGCCUGACGACAAUCCCGACGUCGGCACAUCGACUCCGGCGACAAACCCACUGCCAGGACCGGAUGUGCACAGCAGCGUCCCACAACCGACGGAACAGCCUUUGCCAGUGGAACCGACAGAUGUCAGCGAAGCCCUGUACGACGCUGCCGAAGAUGGCCUUCUUGAGAGAGUUCAAGCUCUACUCCUGGCUUCACCACGCGCAGAUCUCGAGUCCAAGCAUGGUGGCUUCCAAGAAGAAACUGCUCUGUGUGCAGCGGCCAGAAACAACCAUCUAGACGUCGUCAAGUGUCUUGUUUCAGCUGGCGCGUUGCUGGAUUGCACAAACUACUGGCACGAAACUCCUCUACACGUAUCGGCACACGAAGGCCACUUCGAUAUCGUUCAGUACUUGGUUCAAAACAUUAUCGACCGCGAAGACGAUGUCAACCUAGUCGAUUAUGUCAACUUAGUCGAUGACGGAGACGAGACAGCUCUUCACAGAGCCGCCGAGGGGAGUAAUGUUGAGCUUGUGGAAUGCUUGAUUGAGGCGGGUGCGCGCAUCGAGGUCUUCAAUUGUGACGGAAGAAAUCCAGCAAUGUGUGCCAGCGAAUCAGACAAAUCCUCGGCUGUGUUGCAAUUACUUCUCAGCCGAUGCCCUCAAAUAGUCAAUGCCACUCAGAAGAAUGUGGUGGGAUAUACCUGCCUGCACAUCGCCGCGAACAGCGACGCCGGCAACAAUGUCGAAUUACUAUUGGGCCAGGGAGCGGAUCCCACGAUACAGGACACCGACCCGCUGUGGGAACAGACUCCCUGGGAGCUGGCAUGCGUUAGAAACCGUCUUGAUGCAAUGAGCGCCUUUGCAUUUGUGGAGAUGAGAGAGAAACAAGCGCACCCGCGAGAACACGAAUUGGAUAACAUUGGGAAUUCGCCAGGCGCUGAAUAUUGGAAGGAUCUUUAUGACGGCCCCUUCCCUCAUUACGACCCAUUUCCAUUUCUGCACAUUCCAAGUAACACUUUCCUGUGGGCACUCGUAAGGAACUGCGGACUUUGUUUUUGGCAGCUGGCGUAGGAAGGGCAAAGGAUCAGUGAGGAAAGCAUGAGUUGUAUUGAGGUGCUAAUGAGUGGCUAUAUAGUGAAGAGAGACCAGGGGUUGCAGGCAGCAACGGUGACAAAACAACAGGUGAACC